AUGCAAACACAGAGGGACCCAAAUAGAACUGCAUUGGUCAUCGAGGAAGCCAGCUGGACCUCCACAACGGCAACGGCUCCUACCGUUCUCCUGUACUUUCCUCACCCCACAACAAUCAUGGCCACUGAACAAGAGCUCAGAGACUUGGUCCAGCAGCUCCAACAGCCCCCCGACCUCCAGUCAGGCGACCUAACACCCUACUGUGCCUCCGCUGUCAAAAACCCGGCCAUUUUGCUCGGGAGUGUGAUAAUGAGGCGGUUCAUUCCACAGGCUCGGCCUCAGCAUGUGGCCACUACCUCUGCUCUUCAGGAGGCGGGAAACUUCAACCCUCUGGUGCCGAUACAGCAGCCGUACCCCUCUCCUCAGCAGAAAAGCGUUUGGACACGGGUGCUCGGACAGAGAGGGACCCCAGGCCACAGUCACCUCCACAGGACUGAGAAGAAGGAGGUCUCCCUCAUCACAAAGCCCUGGAGCAGGCUGCAUAAUGGAGAGAGGUGGGGGUGGUGCGCAGGACAGUCCCAAGCGUAUCAAUUUAAGCUGCAGAUAAUGCCCAAAGUCACAGCAGUGACAUCACUUCCUCCUCUCAGUCUUUCUGCUCUAGGGGCCUCACAACUCAUGUGUUUGGAGCGGGAAGCAACCUUUGAGAUCCCCCUCCUCCCUCUUCUCUCUCCUUGCUCUUCUCCUCACCUUCCUCUCCCUCCACUCAUCUCUCUCCCCCCUCCUCCUUCUCCCUUUGCUCCUUCUUCUCCCUCUCCACACUCUCCCCCCUCCAUCUCCCCCUUCCCUCCCCCUACUUCUCCUCCUCCUCACUCCCCUCUCUCCUUCAUCUCCUCUCUCUCCUCCUUCUCCUCCCUCUCCUUCCUCUCCUCUCUCCUCCCUCUCCUUCCUCUCCUCUCGCCCCCCCCUCCCUACCUCUUUCUCCCUUCCCCCCCUCCUCCACACAGUGGGAUCUCACAGGCCCUAAUCCUCUGCAGUGCUCGGGCUUGGGGCUGUGCUUGA